UUGAACUCUAAUUAUCUUUGUUUGAUCAGAUUUCGAAAAAAAGUCAAUCAUCAAAGAGAAGGAAGGUGGAGAAGCCUAAAAGCGUUGAUCAACCUACAAAGAAGAUGAGUGAACAGGGGUCGAAGAGUGAACAAGUGCCGAAAAAGAAUUCUUCGAAAGGUUCAGCCAUGCAACCUACUCCACUUGUUGGAGACAAUGUCCUUCAAUCGCUCACUAAGGAUUUAACUUUUCUACACAAUCGUUUUAGUCAUUUGCCUAGUGACGAUCCCAUUGAAAUUGCACUUCCUAAGGCAAUGUUCCAUUAUGAUGAGGAUGCAAGUGCAUGGUUAAACAAACAAGAUGUGAAGGAAUUUUUAAGAGGUUCAAUGCUUAACAUUUCUCUCAUUCAAAUAUUCAUGAGAGCACUACGGGAGCACUUAAGUGACACUGAUUCCCCUAGUAAAGUUGGGUGGUUAUGCCCCGAACAGACAUCCGAGACUAGAAUCUUACACAACUCCCCCGAGAUGAUAUUUUAG